GAGAUGGAUGAAAACAGUGGACUUUUACUUCUAGAACUAAAUCCUCCUAACCCCUGGGAUUCAGAUCCCAGGCCCCCUGAAGAUUUGGCUUUUGGGGAAGUGCAGGUAACAUAUCUCACGCACGCCUGCAUGGACCUCAAGUUGGGAGACAAGAGGAUGGUGUUCGACCCCUGGCUAGUGGGUCCCGCCUUUGCCCGAGGGUGGUGGCUGCUGCAUGAGCCUCCCUCCGACUGGCUGGAGAGGCUGUGCCGGGCAGACCUGAUUUACAUCAGCCACAUGCACUCGGACCACCUGAGGUAAGGAGCCUGGCACCACCUCGGGGCCAGUACCGCUGCCAUGCGAGCAGGACGGUCCUCAGUUCUCCUGCAGUGACCGCUCGCUCCGAAGCACUUCAGCUGGGAUGAAGAGAAGAGCACUAACAGACGGAUGUGUGCGUGCACUUUGCGAUUUCAGUGUAACAAGGGCUCCCACGCUUUGCACCAGUGGGAAUGAGGAAGCUCUGUCAGGGGGACAGGGUUCACUGUCCCCUCACGUGCCACCCUUAGACUAGCUGGUGCAAGUUUAGGCUGAAGGUCAGCAGGAUUGGGCGUUGGGGUUUUAUUUCCUCAGCUCAGCAUUUAUAACAGGAAUCAGCCUCUGUUUUAUUUUAUUUUUUUAAUAUAAAGAGCCAGUGUAAAUAUUCUAGGCUCCGAAAGCCAUGUAAUCAGCAUUGUGACCGAGUCACCGUUACCACCAUCACACAAAAGCAGCCACAGACAGUCCUGAAAGGAAAUGACUCUCCCCCAUAAAGCUUCAGGGGGGAUGAUAUUUUCGUAUCACAUAAUUUUUAUGAAUCAUAUAUGAUUAUUGUCUGUUUGACUUUCUUUACGAUCAUCUAAAAGGGGAACACAACUGACUUCAGCUUGCAACGUCACACAAAAGCAGAGAGCAGGCCCCGCGUGGCUCCCGCCGCUGGCUUGCCAGGCCUGGUCUACAGCCGCUGGAGCUCCUGCAGGGCUCAGGAGCCCGAGUCAAACCCAGGCCACACUUUGCUGAAACCAGAGGAACUGGACACUG